UGCGUACCCCCUGUGCCCAGGAUGGAGAGCACCAUGCAGCUCCCCAGCUUUUGCAGCCCUGGGGGGAGGGGUCAGGCAGCUGCAGUGCUGGGGGAUGCUUGGCUGGUGGCAUCAACCUCAGCUCGGGGAGGUGCCCACUGUCCUGCUUGCCCAGCCCUCCACACCGGCCACAGCUCCCGCCUGCCUGGGAAGGUGUCUGUCCCCCCCAGCUGCCACGGCUGGCGCUGGGACACGCUCACCUGUGCCGGGGCUGAGGGUCAGGGGGUGGCCCUGGGCCCUGGGAACGUGCAGCUGGGCUCGGGCUGGCCCGGGCUUCGUGGCCACGUGGGGAAGCAUCCCUAGUGCCAACAGAUCUGAAGCGGCCCUGGGGGCAGGGUGACCUGCCACCCUCCCAGGCAUCCAUCUCAGCAUGUACAGCCCCACUGCUCCCCCAGCUGUGUGCCCACAAGCAGCCCCCCGUGCCCCCAGCACAGCCCUGGGUGCUCUCCCUCUCCAGCUCCAUGGUGAGAACUGACAUAACUCAUUCCAGCGAUAACCCUAGCACCCUGGGAUGCCUCUUGGCAGCCUGUUCCCACCACCCUGCUGGCAUGGGGUGAGGUACGUGCCAGGUUUGGCCCAUCACUGCUGCCCGCAGCUGGCAGAAGGCAGCAGGGGGACCUUGACCCUGCCUAGCCAUGAGCCAUGUGGCUCCUGGCCACUAUAAAGCCCGCGGCCCUGGGGCCACAGCCAUCUCCUCCCAGGAUGGCGUUGCUGUGGGCAGUUGCCUGCCUGGCCCUUGCCAGCACUGUCUCAAGCUGUGGGGUGCCCGUCAUCAGCCCCUCGGUGCACUACAGUGAGAGGAUCAUCAACGGGCAGAAUGCGGUGCCCGGUUCAUGGCCCUGGCAGGUGUCCCUGCAGACACGCUCGGGAUCCCACUUCUGCGGCGGCUCCUUGAUCAACGAGAACUGGGUCAUCACGGCUGCCCACUGCGAAUUCAACCCGUACUCCCACAUCGUCGUCCUCGGGGAAUAUGACCGCAGCUCCAACGCAGAGUCUGUUCAAGUGAAGACGGUGUCCAGGGUGAGCCAGGCUGAAGUGGCUGCAGUCCUGGGACAGGGCUGCAGCUCUGCGCUGGGGCUGCUCCUGCAGGGCAGGGAUGGCGUGUUACACAAUUUCUCGGCAGGCCAUCACAAACCCCAGCUGGAACCCCUACACCUUGAACAACGACAUCACCCUGCUGAAGCUCUCCUCGCCUGCCCAGCUGGGACCCCGUGUGGCCCCUGUCUGCCUGCCCCCCACCAACCUGGCUCUGCCCACCAACCUCCAGUGCGUCACCACUGGCUGGGGACGCACCAACACCAACUGUACGAACACCGCAGCUUCAGGGAGGGCCGUGUGUGGCCACCUCCCUUCUGGGUGGCUCUGCAGGGUCUGGGGGAGCCCAGGGGCAGUGUGUGUGUGUGUGGGUGCAUUGGUGCAAGCACAGGUGGAGGUGGAUGCAUGCCAACCCCAGGGAUGACUGAGCACGGGCACCAGCCCGCCCUUGCUUGGGACCGCUUGCACGAGGCGAUCCCUCCUGGGGCAGGGGGGUACACUGGCACAGAGGGGGAGGGCGCUUUGCAUGGCAGCACCCACGUGUUUGGAAGCCACAGUGGGAGCUUACCCAGGGUGCCUGUGUGCUCCCAAAGGCUCCAGGAGACCCGCCAACUCCAGGGCCAUUUAAUGGUGCUUCUUUCCCCCAGCCCAAGCCUUGGCAGUCCGCCUGCAGCAGGUAACUCUGCCCUUGAUCACCCUGAACCAGUGCAAGCAGUACUGGGGCAACCGGAUCACCAGCUCCAUGCUCUGUGCCGGCGGGGUCGGUGCCUCCUCCUGCCAGGGUGACUCUGGUGGCCCUCUGGUAUACCAGAAUGGGAACGUCUGGACCUUGAUUGGCAUUGUCUCCUGGGGAAACAGCAACUGCAAUGUCCGCACGCCAGCCAUCUACACCCGCGUGAGCCAGUUUCGAAACUGGA